AUGCCAUCGAGCCUUCACAAAGCGCACUCUUGUCCUUUAAACGGCGUGUCAGCGGCGCGUCACUCCGGAUCACUCCUAACAAGUCUGCAGCCAGAGUCCGCGGCGCAGGACAAACCCGGGGCCCUCCGUGGCGCUGGCUUUCCGAGAGCGCGCUCAUUAAACGCGGGGUCAGCCAACAGAAAAGUGUCGCGGCUAAAAAGGAGCGCGCCUCUAAAGACGAUCCGUGUGAAGGCUCAGGGCUGCGCGCAGACCUCUGCCCGUCCGCGCCUGACCUCCCCAGCCGCGCACCAUUAUGCCAUCAAGCGCUCCUCUUGA